ACAAUCGAGACAGAAUUUCCUUAAAAAAACACGAGUAAAUCUCCAUCAGCGUCCAGCAAUGCAGAAACGUAGCUUGGACUCGCAAAGGACUCCUCUAUGAAAGCGAAAGCAAGCAAAGAGACAAAGCAGAAAGUAGCAACGGUUUAGAAAAGGCGAAGCUUCAUUUUUAGAUUCAGUAGAAUUUUCCACUGUUUUCGCUCUCACGAAACGGUUAGAUUCACUUAACUAGACUGUAGGAGUCACUCUGCUAGACAGCAAUCAUAUCUCUGGACAUCUGGGGAGUUAAUGACUGUACUGGACAAUUCUGUGACCUCACUGAAUGUCUUAAUCCUUUGGAACCUACAAUUUGUGUGUAGGUGAUAGAAAACCCUUGACUUGGGUUACUGUGGGUGGUAAUGUGUCCUUCUUCAGUAUGGGGUUACCUUUGGUGGUGCAUUCUUUUGGGGCAUUUUUGUACAUCCAUUCUUUCUCUUAAUUCAAUGCAGCAUAGAGAUGGUGAUGUUUGGUCAGGAAAUUGGCUGCAAAACCCUGGUUCAGUUUUAAGCAAUGAUUCUAGAAGUGGCAUGUCCAACUAUGCCCAAUUGAUGGAGUUUUCCUUCCAAUUAAACACUCCUGUAUCUUGCGAGGACCUAGGAGGAGUUGGAUCAUUUAAUACCACCUGCUUACUAAAUUCAAACCAGCGUUUGAAUUCUGAUCUUUAUGUAUAUGGCACAGGAAACCUUGAGAUACUCCCUCAUGUUUCAAUUGUGUGCCCUAUAGAAGGCUGUAUGAUUACUUUUAAUAUGACUGGCAAUGUUAACAUUGGUCGAUAUGCUGCUAUUUUGGCUGGUUCAGUUGUUUUUGCUGCUGCCAACUUGACCAUGGAGCAUGACUCUUCGAUAAAUACAACUGGUUUAGGGGGACCACCACCUCCUCAAACUAGUGGCACCCCAGUUGGAUAUGAUGGAGCUGGUGGAGGUCAUGGCGGUCGGGGUGCUUCAUGCGUGAAAAAAAAUAAGACAAAUAAUUGGGGUGGGGACGUUUAUGCUUGGUCAAGUUUGGCUGAGCCAUGGAGCUAUGGAAGUAGGGGUGGUGGCACAUCUCCAGAGAAUAAGUUUGGAGGGAAUGGAGGAGGGCGUGUCAAGCUUCUAGUGAAUGAUAUGCUAUACUUGAAUGGGUCUGUCACUACAGAAGGUGGGGAUGGUGGAAUGAAUGGGGGAGGUGGUUCUGGGGGAAGUAUCUUCAUACAUGCCAUAAAGCUGAAGGGAUAUGGUACUAUAAGCGCAGCAGGUGGGAGGGGGAAGGGUGGAGGUGGCGGUGGGAGAAUAUCUCUUGAUUGUUACAGCAUACAGGAAGAUGUGAAAGUUACUGUUCAUGGUUUGUUUUGACCGCAGAUUUAUAUU